GGCAGCUCGUCACAGUAUCGAGCAAGAUCUCAUAUCAGAGACAGUGUACCUGAGCGAAGAUUAACGUCUGUAGAGAGCCCAGUUUUUUGUUAAGCUGUUCAAGUGAAGAGAAGAUGCGUUGCCUAUCGUACAUUAAUCUGUUUGUGUUGGGUGUGUUGGCACUGGUGCUGAGCGCUAAUGCAGAUCGGCCAUGUGGCUGCCCCAGGAUAUACGUUCCGGUGUGCGGUACGGAUCUGAAGACGUACGCGAGCCAGUGUGUGCUGGACUGCCGCUCUGAUUCCAACUAUGGACGGAAGGUGGACCUGAAGCUGUUGCGUGAAGGACGUUGCAAUGAUACGGAUCAGGUGGAGGAACACAAGUAAUGCGCCUCGUGCAAACCGGAGACUUCCUCGUGAGAGAGCGAGAGAGUGCUCCUGCUAAUGUGUAUUAUUAGGGGAUUGAAAUGGCCAUCAUCGCUUGACGUUUUUUCAACCCCAGCAUGCAAAGAAUAAAGAGUUCUAGCAAACAAGAACUGUAAGAUACCUUAA